CACACCAUUAGCGCUCUAUUUUUUUUUCUCGAGAUUUUAGCGCUCUAUAUAUUAGGACCAGAGCCCUGCAAGCAUCUUCAUCAGCCGAGGAAUUGUAGAGCUCAGAGUACGGCUACUUGGCUACAAUGGCGGCUCAGCUCGUCGUCGCGCUUCUCGCCAUCUCCUCUACUUUCUUGGCCGUCUCCGGCCAGAAGUUCAACGCCAUCUAUAGCUUCGGCGACUCGAUGUCAGACACCGGCAACCUCUGCGUGAACGGUCCCCCCGCCGGCCUCACCCUCACCCAGCCACCCUACGGCGAGACGUUCUUCGGCCGCGCCACCUGCCGCUGCUCCGACGGCCGCCUCGUCGUCGACUUCCUCGCUCAGAAGCUCGGGCUGCCGCUGCUGAAGCCGUCGAAGCAGGGCGGCGCCGACUUCAAGACUGGAGCGAACAUGGCGAUCAUCGGCGCGACGACCAUGGACUCGGGCUUCUUCCAGUCUCUCGGCAUCGGGGACAAGAUCUGGAACAACGGGCCCCUCAACACCCAGAUCCAGUGGUUCCAGCAGCUGAUGCCGUCCAUCUGUGGCUCGACGCAGGCUUGCAAGUCCUACCUCUCCAACUCCCUCUUCGUCCUCGGCGAGUUCGGCGGCAACGACUACAACGCCCAGAUCUUCGGCGGCUACUCCCCGGAGCAGGCCAGCGGCCAGUGCCCCACCAUCGUCGACGCCAUCGGCAAGGGCGUCGAGCAACUGAUCAACCUCGGUGCGAUGUACAUUGUGGUCCCCGGCGUGCUGCCGGUGGGGUGCUUCCCGAUCUACCUGACGCUGUACCAGACCUCGAACGCCGGUGACUACGACCAGUACGGCUGCCUGAAGCGCUUCAACGCGCUGUCGAGCUACCACAACUCGCUGCUGCAGAGCAAGGUGUCCAGCCUGCAGAGCAAGUACCCCGGGGCCCGGAUCAUGUACGCCGACUUCUACAGCCACGUCUACGAGAUGGUCAAGAGCCCCGGCAACUACGGAUUCAGCACGAACCUGAUGGCGUGCUGCGGCGCCGGCGGGGGCAAGUACAACUACCAGAACAGCGCGCGGUGCGGUAUGCAGGGCGCGUACGCGUGCUCCAACCCGGCGUCGUCGCUGAGCUGGGACGGCAUCCACCUGACGGAGGCGGCGUACAAGCAGAUCGCCGACGGCUGGCUCAACGGGGCCUACUGCCACCCGGCCAUCUUGUCCUAGAGCGCAAGAAAUUAAGGAUUGGUUUGCUCCUCAAGCUGGGGAGAGGAUUAUUUUAGCAAGAUGAAGAAGAAGAAGGCGGAGAUGAUUUGCGAGAAUAAGCAUAGCUUUCUCCUGUUUAAUAUGUGACAGCAAUGCUAAUGCCAGUUGUGUAGUGUGCUAUUUGGAGGUUAUUUAUGUGCUGCAAUUGAUUUUUAUAGAUGUGGUUGGACCUUGGGACA